CUGCUGUCAUGUUUGAUGGGGUUCUGACAGAUUCGGUUCUCCUCACGCGCACAUCUUCAGGACGUUUGGUGAAUGUCAGACGGAGCCCGUUUGGGUAACCUUCACAAACAUCGGACAAAUGUAACUCAGUACGCCUUCACGGGUGUAUUGGAGUCCAGAACCCGCCUCAGAACCCUUUGUCUAGAACCGUGUCCAGUCUUCGUGGCUGGUUCCGUCUGUUUGCCAUGUGACAGGACUCUACUCUGCUGCUUUAGCGCGGUUUCUCUGUCAUAGUUACAGAACAAAGUCGUUUCCUCCAGAACAGAGACUGAAGUUCAUGUAAAGUCCCACUGUGAUUCCAGAGCAGCUGAAAACGACUCAGAGCCAUCAAAUCACAACCGUUCUACUGGCUACAGCCUGGAUAUGCUUAUGUCUGCUUUGUGUAGAGCACCAUCACCUCUGCAGGAGUCUGAGGUCAUCAGCAGAACAAUAUCCAACCUCGAGGCCUGAUGGAGCUGUGGACUCCUCACCUGCUGUACACCAGGGAGCUUGAUCCAUGUCUAGUACCCAGCAAACAACCAUAAAGGGUGGGAAACGUCAAUACCCUCAGACUCAUUUUCCCCCACCCUUCCCCCUGAAUUGCCUCUGUGGUGACACUGUCCUGCCCUGCCCUACCCUGUUUGUGACCUACGGCAUGCUGGGAAAGCUGAAGCAGAACCUGCUGGUGGCCUGCCUGGUCAUCAGCUCAGUCACAGUCUUUUACCUUGGCCGCCACGCCAUGGAGUGCCACCAUCGCUUCGAAGAGCGCAGCCUACCUGGCGGGGUCCUGCCUUUGUCAGCGCUCGGAGGCAGCAUGCGGACCACCUUACGGACCGGCCAGAAUCUCAGCACGCCUUUCGUUUACAACAAAGACAUGCCUCUCAUCUUCAUUGGUGGUGUGCCUCGCAGUGGGACCACACUAAUGCGAGCAAUGCUGGACGCACACCCAGAUGUGCGUUGUGGCGAGGAAACCCGUGUCAUCCCACGCAUCCUGGCUAUGAAGCAAAUGUGGAGUCGUUCAGGCCGGGAGAAGAUGCGUCUGGAUGAGGCUGGUGUGACGGAUGAGGUGCUGGAUGCAGCCAUGCAGGCCUUCCUGCUGGAGAUCAUCGUCAAACAUGGCGAGCCUGCCAGCUUCCUCUGCAACAAGGACCCUUUCGCGCUCAAGUCUCUUUCUUACCUGGCCAAGAUUUUUCCUCGUGCCAAGUUUUUGCUCAUGAUCCGCGACGGGCGAGCUUCUGUCCACUCCAUGAUCUCAAGGAAAGUGACCAUUGCGGGGUUUGACCUGAACAGCUACCGGGACUGCCUGACGAAAUGGAAUCGGGCCAUCGAGACCAUGUACACUCAGUGCCUGGAUGCAGCAGACAAAUGCCUCCCUGUGCACUAUGAACAGUUGGUUCUCCAUCCUGAAAAAUGGAUGAGGACAUUACUAAAAUUCCUAGACAUUCCUUGGAAUGAUGCUGUCCUCCACCAUGAGGACCUCAUUGGGAAAGCUGGGGGAGUUUCCCUUUCCAAGGUGGAGAGGUCCACAGACCAGGUCAUCAAGCCUGUCAACGUGGAGGCCUUAUCCAAAUGGGUGGGAAAGAUCCCCCCUGACGUGGUGAGGGACAUGGCUGUCAUCGCCCCCAUGCUUUCCAGGCUGGGUUACGACCCGCACGCCAACCCCCCCAACUACGGCCAGCCCGACCCCAAGGUUCUGGACAACACUCGGAGGGUCUUUAAAGGUGAAUUUCAGCUCCCAGAUUUCCUAAAAGAGCAGUCACAGAUCCAGAAGUCUGCAGAGAAGUCCAGCCCCAGUUAGGACCAGACGGGGCGCCACCGCCGCCAUACCGAGGACUGAGUGGAACAGAGGAUUCUGGGUCUCACGAGGCGGGAUUGGCCCUCACCCUCCUCUUCCUCCUCAUCGCCUUUAGGAGAGCCGUCAGCCUUCAAUGUUGUACCUUAAAGAGAACACGCCUCUCAGCACCACUGAAUGUCUGCCGAUCAUCACAUCUGUGUCUCAUCGCACCCAUCGAUUCGUAGGAAUGACUUUUAGAGACAAAUUGUUACUCUUGUAAGAAAGUACAGAAUCUGAAAUCAGCCCAAGUAUUUAUGAAUGAGAAAUUAGCCUUUGAACAGAUGCAAUACCUAUUUUAAUGUUUGUUUUUUUCAUGCCUUUUGUAUUGUGCAAUGUCAUGGGUACUGAUGAGUUUGAUGUAACAACAGUGAUGAACAAAGAUUUAAAAAAAAAAAAAAACAGU